AUGGUAAAGGGCAGCAAGCGGUGUGCUUCGACGAACGAUGAUGAGAAAUGGAAAUCUGAAACGUAUCAAUUCUCAGCCCAUGACAACAGAUACACGUUACGAGGCAACAUCGGUGUCUUCGCGAAUGGACUGGGUCGCAGGAAGUUUCCGGAUGACCGCAGGCAGCACAACUCCCACUUCAGCCUGGCUCAUGAGGGAGCUGUCGGUGGACCCGGAGAGACAACGUUGAGUUUAACAGCCUACCAGACUGACUAUGAGGCUAAGCAGGGGGAGGAGGCUGCAGCCAGCAAGAGGAGGUUCCCUCACAACCAUCAGCGAAAGUCUAUGGAGGCAGCUGCUGCCCAGGCUGCAGAGCAAUUCAUGUGGUUUGGUUUGGCCGGCGGGACUCAAACCUUCGAGCCCCUGGAGCUGCUAGCAGCCACCAAGUAGUAACCUGAAUAGCCACAAGCUACGAACUCCUCCAGAUGGGUGUAAACUUUUUGAAUUGCGUCGGUUGUCAGUUAAGAACUGAAAUAGAAACGUCAUUUGACUUUGCAGUUGUCUGUUCACAGUCUCGACAGUAGAGGACAGCAGCUCUGCAUGAGCGACGUUGAUCUUCAGCCAUUGUGAGCUGUUUAUCUGACAGGUUGCAGCUCCUCUAGUUUGCAUAGGAUGUGGCUUU